UUGGUCAUCAUGAAAUACAGAAACCUCAUGCGGUCGUCUGACUGCAAAACAAAACACACCUCAAGCUGGUUAUAUGAGAUUCACAUAAAACACGACAAUGCCUGCUCAUGGCGAGCUAGUCAGUGUUAGCAAUAUUGCGAAGUUGUCGCUUUACGACAGCUAGGAUUAUCAGGUGAAAUUGCGGACCUAACUCAGAGUUAUGGAAAUUGUACAAUAUUGAGCCCGUCUUCUCUACAGGCCAAAACAUGAGCAGCCAGCGUGUGGAUGCCAAGGUGGUGCUGCUUGGUAAGGAGUCUGUGGGGAAGACCAGCCUGGUUGAGAGAUACGUGCACAAACGCUUCCAGGGUGGGCCCUAUCAAAAUACAAUCGGUGCAGCAUUUGUUGCCAAGCCCAUCCAGGUGGGAGAAAAAGUACUGACCUUGGGAAUCUGGGACACAGCUGGAGCAGAGCGCUAUGAAGCCAUGAGCAGGAUCUACUACAGGGGAGCGUGUGCAGCCAUUGUGUGCUACGACCUGACCGAUAGCAGCAGCUUCACACGACUGAAGUUCUGGGUCAAGGAGCUACAGAACUGUGAGCAGCAAUGUAAGAUAUACAUGUGCGGCACAAAGAGUGACCUUAUCGAGGCCAACCGCAGCAUAAGGCAGGUGGACUACCACGAUACCCUGGACUACGCUGAGGAAGUGAAGGCGGAGCUAUUUGAGACCUCCAGUAAGACGGGCCGGAAUGUCGAUGAGCUUUUCCAGAAGGUAGCAGAGGACUUCUAUAACAGCACAGCCUUCCAGGUGAUGACAGAGGAGAGAGAGACUGCCCAGCGUCAGCGGAGAAGCUGUUGCCACCACUGAGAUGUCGUGACUACCAGAACCCUACGCACACCAAAUGAGAGAGGACCCCCAAAGCCUGCACCCCGCUCCCCUCCGAAUGACUGAGCACAGCCCCGUUUCUCACCCCCGCUCCAAGCAGAACCCCAGUAACCAGUCUGUUAUUCACGGCUGGCUAACGCACUGACAGGGAAGGAACCAUCUGAUAAUAUGAGGGAAAUGCGAGACGGCUUCUCUUGGGGAAACCGGAGUCUGAAUGCGGACUUAUACGGACUAUACGCUCAGCUCGCGGUCACUCGUCUGUUAACCGUUACCUUCAUAAACUCAUCUCGAUGUGGUUUACGGUCCGACACUGGCUUAAUGUUACCCGUUUGCACCCAGCUCACUGUGAUUUCUGAUCAGACAUUUGUUCAGUGCUAUUCUCGUGUGUUCAGUUUGUUGUGGUUUAUUGGUCUAGCGUUACUAUUCUACUCUACAAUCAAUGGUUUGGUGCUGGUUUUGUCACUGGCCCUACAGUCUUCUGUUGUAAGGUACUGUAUGUCCUCUCAAAUUAACGUUACCAGCGUUUCUGUCCCCUCUGACUGAGAAAAGCCUUUUGGGGGAACAAAUACUUGUUUUGGGGGAACACAGUAACACUACUGUGCAGUUUUGACAUUUCUUUGUAAUAAUCCUCUCUGUGCUGAUUGGUUCUGCUGGAAGUCUGUGAUUCAUGCUCAAUUCCUUUUAGCCAAUUUAACAAUUGUACAAGAGGCCUGCCUGCUGUAGAUAGCCUGUAGUAUUUAAGAUCGUAAUGGAAUGCUACCUGUUUAAAGAAAUGGAGGUGAAUGCUGCAAGACAGUCGUUGAAGUUUAGAAUAUUGCAUACCAUAUCAUUUUAAAUUAUUUUUUAUUGUUUACUUGUGAAACUGCUGUCAUUUCAGUUCAUCACCUAAACUGAAAUGUUUUGAAUGGCUUGCAAGUGUAUUAGAAAAGACACUAUCAGCCGCAAUAAAUUAAACAUACAGUAAAA